GCUCGACAGUCUAAUUAUGCUGCUGGAAGGAACAGCAUCGAUAAGCACCACGCUGCUGCAGUCGGUUUAGUGUCCUGUGAAACGCGCCGUUUUAGGUCGGACCCUACUCAAUUGUUCUGUGCUUAGAAGGGUGGGCGAAGAAUCAUGAAACCAAUUCCUACGCCCAAGGUUCAAUGCGCAAGGAAUCUUGUAGCUUCCAGUAUCGUUGUGCUGUGCUGUUGUCUGUGCUUAAGUGUGAAUGGUGCACCGGCAGUCCCCACGAAAGAAAUGAUCGAUUUUAUGCGACGAUUUGGCUAUCUGGAGAAGGGACCAUCGCAAGCGGAAGCCCUGUACAGUGGUGAAGCGAUCGUGGAUGCUAUCAAUCACGUGCAGAAGUUUGGUGCUUUACCACAGACCGGUGUGCUAGAUCGACGAACGAUCGAGCUAAUGUCAGCGCCCCGAUGUGGCGUGGUCGACGUGAUGCAGCACGAUCAAUCAUUGCGCCACCGGCGGUACGUGAUCGGUUCGGAGAGUUGGCGGAAGCGGCGCAUAACAUACUUCAUUGCGAACUGGUCCAGCAAGGUUGGUGAGGACGCGGUGGCCAAGUUUAUGGCCAAAGCGUUCGGCGAAUGGAGCAAGUACAGCAAGUUGCGCUUUGUGCGCGUGUACGACCCGUCGGCGGACAUUAUAGUCGGGUUCGGGAGCGGACAUCACGGGGACAACUAUCCGUUCGAUGGGCCGGGCAACGUGCUGGCCCAUGCGUUCUAUCCGUACGAGAUGAAUGCCUACGGAGGUGAUGUACACUUCGACGAGGACGAAAACUGGAAGGAGAACUCGACGCACCUUAGCGAAGGGGUAGACUUUUACUCGGUCGCCAUACACGAGCUGGGCCAUUCGUUGGGGUUGGCCCAUUCGCCGGUCUAUUCUUCGCUGAUGUUCCCGUACUACAAGGGCAUUGAGCAGGGAACGCUCGAUUACGAUGACAUCUUGGCGAUGUAUCAGCUGUACAUUCAAAACCCUCACAUCACCGAUGACCCGGAUUGGAUGUACACUACCGAGUCGGCGACAACGGUGGACGAGUUCUUCACCGUUACACCUGCCCCGAGACUGCCCGAUUUGGACAGCGAACCACAUCCCGGUCUACAGGAACCGGUCUACACCAGCACCACGACGACGCCCUCCACGACGGAAGUGUACGACAUCCCGAUCACCUUCGUCGGUGACUACGAAACCGUGGACGACCAUAUUAGCCGGCACCAUUCGCAGUCACCGGUCGGUGUCACCACACCACACAUGCCCGCGGACUACGUACCGGUGCCGGACAUAUGUAGCGGCAGUUUCGAUGCGAUCGGUCUUCUUCGGGGUGAAAUAUUCAUCUUCAAGGGUGCCUAUCUAUGGCGGUUGACGGCGAAGUACCGUAUCAAGGAGGGUUAUCCCGUGCGCAUUUGGCAGGUGUUUCGGGGAUUCCCCAAAACCGUCACCCACAUCGAUGCCGUGUACGAGCGGUUGGACGAUAAUGCGAUCGUACUGUUUUCCGGGCGCGUCUACUGGGUGUUCGAUGCGCUCAACUUCCUGCACCCGGAAGUCCGACCACUGACGGACUAUGGUCUACCGGAAGACUUGAAGCGCAUCGAUGCGGCGCUCGUUUGGCCGAAAAACAAUAAAACAUACCUGUUUGCGGGUGAUCAUUUCUGGCGCUACAACGAUACGGCGGCCGAGAUGGACGAAGGCUAUCCGUCAUCCAUGGACCGUUGGUUUGGCAUACCGAAAAAUAUUGACGCUGCCACGGCAGUUGCGAGCGGCAAGACAUACUUCUUCAAGGGAAACUAUUACUGGCUGUACAAUAACGAGCGGGUACGGCCGGAACGUGGAUACCCUCGGCGAACGGGAAAUAUAUGGCUCGGAUGCCGAUAAGAUGCGAAGUGAUGCGUUACAGUCACCCUGAGGUCUGCAGAUUACACUGGAGGACAGGGAAGGAAAAAAAGCCGCAUGCAAUAAGUAGCUUCAUUUCUACCAUAGUAUUUAAAUGCUUCCUUCUGCAACAUAAAAAUAAUUAAAACAAUA